CAAAGAUUUGCGGUGUGAGUUUUGUCCGCUUUGAGACACCGUACAACGGCUUUCUGGAUGCUUAGCGCAUGCGUACCAGAGUUCUAGCUGUCAGUCUGCAAUAAAGCGGUGGAGAUGGACAGUGGGGAGACUCCAGCCGAGCGGCCAGUUACCUUGGACAUCACGGUGGACGAUGUUCCCAAGGAAGCUGCGGCUCCAGUAUCCCCAGAGCCAUCAUCCAGCCAUGCCCCCUCUGAUGAAAAUGUACUGCCCCAGGAGGAAAGCAUUGAUCUAGGUGGGGACUUUACCUCACCUCAAGAGGACAGCAGUGCUACACCUUCUGAGAGCAUAUUGGAUAAACUUAAUGACCAAAUGAUGGAAAGUGUGAUGAUUUCUGACUCCCCAAAUAACAGUGAAGAAGAUGAUGUAGCUGCUAUGGACUCAAUUCUGGAUGCAGAAGAAGGGGAGCCUAUAACUAAAACAGAAAAUACUGGGGACAAAGAGGAAGAGGCAGAAAUUGGACAAAAUGCAAAAGAGAUUGUUUUCUCAUUGGACAGAGAUGCAGAGAAAACCAUUGCAGAGGAUUCAGUGAAAGACACCGACAGUCAGCAAGAUGACACAAGCAGUAAUUUAACUAUAGACAACACUGAAAAAACAUCAGAAGAAAAUAAGGUGCAGGAACCUGUGGAAACCAAAGCUUCAAGCCCACAUGAGGAACCUAUCCCUGUUUGCACCAUCUUCAGCCAGGGAAACCAGCCUAAAGCCUUAGUCCCUGAUGGAUUUCAACCAACCCUUAUAAAGUCCCCCAGUUUUGGCAUGAUGAGCACAGCGGUGAGUGAAGAGGCUGUGACCCCCAGUAAACCUCAUGCCCCGCUCAUAUGCCAGCCCAGCCCGAGUCUUAGUAAGUUCUUCUCUGACAAUGGACAGACCAAUCCAGCUUCAGACUUCUUUGACUCCUUCACUUCUCCCUCCUCAUUUAUUUCAGUUUCUAACCCUAAUGCAGAGCUGCCUUCUAGCCCCACACCAGAACGCCAACUCUCCUCCACCUCCUCAUCCAUUUCAACCCCAGUGGCAGCAGUGGACUUUGGGACCCCUACCUCCGUAUUUGCCCCUACCCUAAAUGAAUCAUCAAAAACUGCUCCUCAGACUCCCCCUGUAACUACAGGAGCUCAGCCCAAACCGUUCAACCAGCUGCAGUCUGUGUUCUUGGGCAGUGACGACCCGUUUGCUACAGCUCUGAGUCUAAGUGAAGUGGACAGGCGUCAUGAUGCCUGGCUGCCAUCGGAGGAGACCAGGAAGGUUCUGAUUUCUGUGGCCACUCAACAGUUCAGCCCAGCGUAUGUGGAGGUCAGCAGACUCACUAUGCCAGGCCUCAAGUUUGACAACCUACAGGGUGAUGCAGUCAAAGACCUGUUGCUGCGUUUACUUGGAGAACAGGCCGCCGUGAAGCGCCAGGUCCUUACAGCCAGCUCCGUGGAGCAGUCCUUCUCCGGCCUCAAACAGCUAAUUAGCACUAAGAACUGGCGUGCGGCGGUGGACUUGACGGGCCGGCUGCUGACAGCUCAUGGUCAGGGAUAUGGGAAAGCGGGCCAGGCAACCUCCCACACCACCGACUCUCUGCAGCUUUGGUUUGUGCGGCUGGCAUUACUGACCAAGCUGAACCUCUUCCAAAAUGCCGAGCUGGAAUUUGAACCCUUUGGCAAUCUGGACCAACCAGACCUUUACUAUGAAUACUACCCCAAUGUUUACCCUGGAAGGAGAGGCUCCAUGGUGCCGUUCUCCAUGCGACUGCUGCACGCUGAGCUCCCACAAUACCUGGCCAAGCCCCAGGAGGCCCUGGACCGGCUGCACACUCUCCGAACUGUCUGCCUCUCUAUUCUGGAGAACUUGGAGAAGGGCUUGGCAGAGGACGGCAGCAUGAUCACACUAACACAGGAGAAUAGGCAAGCGUCCCUGAAGCUGUGGAAGUCUCGCCUCAGCCGGGUCAUGUACUCCAUGGCCAACUGCCUGCUGCUGAUGAAGGAUUACAUUCUAGCUGUGGAGACCUAUCAAUCCAUUAUCCAAUAUGAACCCAAGCAGAGAGUGCAGCUUCUCAGUGCCAUUGGACGAAUCUUCUUACAGAUCGGAGAUGUUAAAACUGCAGAGAAAUACUUCCAGGAUGUUGAGAAGGCGUGCCAGAUGAAAGGGAGCCAGCCUGGUGACAGCACGUGCAUGGUGAUGAACAGAGCAUUUGUCUACCUCAGUCAGAAUAAUUAUGCAGAAGCGCACUCAUCUUUUACUGAAGUAUUGCAGAUUGACCCCAAAAACCCUGUGGCUAACAACAAUGCAGCUGUAUGCUUGCUGUAUCUAGGCCGUCUGAAGGAGUCCCUGGGUCAGCUGGAGGGCCUGGUGCAACAGGACCCUGCCCAGUACCUACACGAGAGCGUCCUUUUCAACCUCACCACUAUGUACGAGCUGGAGUCCUCACGCAGCACCCAGAAGAAGCAGGCCCUCCUGGAGGCAGUGGCCAGCCGCGAGGGAGACAGCUUCAAUACGCAAUGUCUCAAACUGGUCUAAGAAAUACACACUAGUUUUUCUAAUGUGGAAAAGACUAAAAUGGGAACAGAUACGUUGAUAAGGUUUAGCUUAAAAACAUAUCAAAAGCCAUUUCUUUUUGUGGUCAUCAGUGGACUUUGAAAGGACUCUGUAAGAUAAUGUACAUGUCUGCUCUAUAUUGCAAACCAUGUAAAUGCUUCCCUAAUUCCUAGUUUUAAAUAUCAACUUUUCAGCAUUUUGAAGAUGAUCAUGGCACACCAUUAAGAAACUGGCUGAAACUUCAAGUGAAAUAAGAUAAUUAUGUAUUGGGAAGAAUAAUUGAAAUUUACAUUUAGGGCCAAAAGUUGGUAGUUUGGUGUAUUUGUCGUAAUUUGAUAAUGGUGGAGAUGUUGAAACAAAGCAUAUAAAAAUACCCACAAUUUUAUGACACAUCAUACAGGAGGCAUUUUUCACCACCAAUGUUAACAUGGUAUUGAUUUAAUAAUAUCAAGUUAAUAUUAAUGAGUGAGCAGUAAUGGUAUUUCAUCGUAACUGAAAAUAUCACACCAGUCUGAUACAGCAGUAAUGUGGCAUGAAACUUUAAAUCACAUUUUAUUAAUUAUAUUUUGAGCCAACACAUUUUGAUGUUACCUUCUAGUUUGUUGCAAAGGCUCCAGCUUCAUGCUUAACAAGGGAAUAAGAGUUUUAUACUUGGUGGUAUUUGAAAAAUGCAUUUCUCAGUUCUUAAUCAGAAAUGCACCAGAAGUUAGCAGGACAAAGUUGUUGAACAGGGCUCAGAGCAGACCUGUUCAUUGCACUACAGAUUGGCAGUGGUUUUAAGGGAGUUUCAGCCUCAUAAUGUGAGACUUGACACGGGCAUUAUCCAGAGCUUCAGUGUGCUUAAAGUCUAAUAAAUGUCCACAGAGGUCCUGUUUUAAGCUUCUUCCUCCUGUCGGCACAGCAGACACCUGUAAAACUGGAUUAACUGUCAAAGACCACUCGAUUUCAGCUGUCUGUUCCUCAUUAGUUUAUUAAGCCAUGUGUAGAGAAAGUAAACAACUCACCCAGAUUACAUUUCCCACUAUGGAGAAUGUAAAAUGCAGAUUUGUAUUGUACAUUGCAGAUUGUUUGACCUAAUGUCAUAUCUUUUAUUGAUUUGUGCUGGUGAGUCUUUAAUUAAUGUUUACAUAAUCAUAUUUAUAUAUAUAAGAAAAUUAAAUGUUUAAUCUAAAUAAACUUUCUUUUUCAUUAAACCAAAAAUGCACUAAA